CCUCCCACACACCUCCGCCUCCACCCCACCCGUCCCGACCCCUCUCCCCCAAGGUAAGCCAGCGGCGGCGGCGGCGAUGACGACCCGCCUCAAGAAGAACCGCAAGAAGCGCGGCCACGUCUCCGCCGGGCACGGGCGUGUGGGCAAGCACCGCAAGCAUCCCGGAGGCCGCGGUAACGCCGGAGGCAUGCACCACCACCGCAUCCUCUUCGACAAGUACCAUCCCGGCUACUUCGGCAAAGUCGGUAUGAGGUACUUCCACAAGCUCAGCAACAGGUUCUACACCCCGACCGUCAACGUCGAGAGGCUCUGGUCCAUGGUGCCGUCCGACAAGGCCGCGGAGGCCGGCGGCGACAAGGCCCCCGUCGUCGACGUCUCGCAGUUCGGCUACUUCAAGGUGCUCGGCAAGGGGAUGCUGCCGGAGAAGCCCAUCGUCGUCAAGGCCAAGCUCAUCUCCAAGAUCGCCGAGAAGAAGAUCAAGGCCGCCGGCGGCGCUGUCGUGCUCGUCGCCUAGGGUUCUGUUCCCCACCGUGCUCUGAGAUCUAUAUCUUAAGUACUAGUUUUUCUCGUACCAGCAAUUUGUGUUGAACAAGACAUCGUUAGUUUGUUAUUCUGGUUCCUGUGUGGUAAACCAAACUCAUGAGAAUUUUGCGCUAUGUUAUGCCAAUUUAUAUCAGACGAGUUAUCAUCA